AUGGGCAUUCCCAACAUCAGCACCUUCAGUGGAUUUUUCCUGCUGGGUUUCUCCAGGCAGCCUCUGCUAGAGAAGAUGCUCUUUGUCAUCAUUGUGAUUUCCUACUUGCUGACCUUGCUUGGCAAUAUGGCCAUCAUUAUUUUGGCUCGUCUGGAUCCCCGGCUUCAUACCCCAAUGUACCUUUUCCUCAGCCACCUGUCUUUAAUGGACCUCUGCUACACUGCCAGCACAGUCCCCCAGCUGCUGUUUAACUUGCAGAGCCCAGAGAAGACCAUUACUUAUGGUGGUUGUGUUGGUCAACUCUAUGUGUCCUUGGCAAUGGGUUCGACAGAAUGCAUCCUUCUUGCAGUCAUGGCCAUUGACCGUUAUGUCGCGGUAUGCCGGCCUUUGCACUAUGUCAUUCUCAUGCAUCCACGCAUCUGUUUGCAAUUGGUGGCCAUGACAUGGCUGACUGGCUUGACCAGCUCAUUGGUGCAGACUGUACUCAUCACACAGGUUUCCCUUUGUGGAAGGAACGUCAUAGACCAUGUCUUCUGUGAAGUGCCAGUUCUCCUCAAACUCGCCUGUGUGGAAAUCACAUUCAUUCAGACAGAACUCUUCCUGUUCAGUGCAUUCUUGCUCCUGGUGCCUUUCACUCUCAUUCUUAUCUCCUACGGCUUCAUUGCUCAGGCGGUGUGGAAGAUCAGGUCCUCUGAAGGACGCCGAAAGGCUCUCAGGACUUGCUCUUCCCACUUGCUGGUGGUGCUUCUCUUCUACGGCACUGCUAUGGCCACAUAUCUGCAGCCCAAUUUGGCCACCUCCCAGGACAGGGACAAGUUCAUGGCCUUACUCUAUGGAAUUGUCACUCCAACUCUAAAUCCUUUUAUAUAUACAUUAUGUAAUAAAGAUAUGAAAGGGGCACUGAGGAAGGUGAUAGGGAAAGAGUGA